AUGUAUCGAUCCACGAGCUGGAAUCGAGUAACAGAUGACUAUUCAUCUGCACCACCUAAGGGAUUAUGGAUGGGCUCCGUGAUCGGUCCUCUUGACGAGAACGAACUACCUUCUUACAAUAAGCCACCAGAGGAAAUGCUUAAGAAUGAAAAGUCACGUACCAAAUUCGCAGAAAAAGCUAUUCACAUCAUUCCUUUUGUCCUUCUUGCAUGCGCUCUCGUACUUUGGUUAUUCUCAAAUCCAGAUGUUGAUGUUGGGAUUAGAGAAGAAUCUAUAGCGGCUAGGAUUGAAGGAUUGACAAUCGAAGGAGACAUCGACAACGACAGCGAUGGAACUCAAACUGGUUUCUUGGGCGCCACAUUAGAACUCGGAGAUUCAGUCAAACCAAACCUCAAUGGUCGGACCAGACGAGCUUCAAGAAAAUUGAUCAAAGGCUUUUACUAG